AUGAAACUUCCCCUCAGAUCCCCCUUCUCCGAGGCCCUGAUCCCUCGCGAUCUAUGGAGACGGGGCGCUCUGUCCUUUGCCGCUGCGGCACUUUUCACAUUCAUAGUGAACUUCUCCUUCGCUAUCUGGACGAUGACAAAGGAGGCCCCCGAUGGCGUCGGUCUCAUCUGGGAGGGUGGACAGACGAUCGUGAAAGCUUGGAAUACAGCCAUGCACAUCGUCAUCAAUAUCAUCAGCACCAUUCUGCUUGCGGGAAGUAACUAUUGCAUGCAAUGCUUGAUGGCGCCAACGCGAAGCGAGCUUGAUAAGGCUCACUCGGAGAGAAGAUGGCUUGAUGUUGGGAUACCGACAAUUCGAAACUUCAAGAGUAUUACUUUACGAAGAAAAGUGCUCUGGAUCAUGUUGUCAAUAUCGUCAUUUCCAUUACAUCUACUUUUCAACUCCGUCAUCUUCGCAUCGAUUUCGACGAAUGAGUACUCUGUGUUUGUUGUAAGCGAGCAAUCGGUGUCGGGUAGGGAUUCAACGUCAUUGCCAGAUACACUCGACACGAGUCUCCUUCCUAGGACCGAGUACCUCUACUCUUUUCCAAAUGCGACGUUCGAAUACCGCGCCGCUACCACCUGCCUCGAAGACUAUGGCAUCGCGUUCCAAUCUAAGCGGGGAAGCCUCGUCCUCGUAACCAAUUCCACGGGCGUCAACGUCACAUACGUUCAAUACCGAGCAUCCACGAAGGACGCGGCAGACGAUACCCCUUGUGACGAGAAGGUCGUCAACACGAAGGAAGGUUCCAUUCCGUGGAAGCCGUUUGGCCUCGACGUUCGAGGCUGUUACAACAAAGAGACAUUCGAGCAUUCGAAGCUGUUUUUCAGUCGGGCGAUCUGCUGCGUCGUGACCACACUUAACUUGGCCAAGGCUAUGCUCAUGCUCUUCGUUGCAUAUGAUGGUAUUGGCAACAUCGAGCAGCCCAUCUUGACAGUAGGAGAUGCCGUUGCAUCAUAUCUUCAGGAUCCAGAUGACCACACACGGAAGAUGUGUCUCAAGUCAAAGAAAUGCUUCGCCAAAGAGAACUGGGAGCCGAGCCCCAAAUACUUUGACCCUACACGUCACCGAAAAUUCAGCGGUGGUAGUAUCACUCUGUGCGUUUGUGGCGGCCUACUAGGGUUCGGGCUUGCGGAUCUUCGUGAGCAGAUUUCGCCGGCGCCAGUGUCACUGGAAAAGUACGGGCCUGGCGUCGUCCACAGCGACACUAUCAUGAAAGUCUUCAACCCCAAGCGGAAUGUCCUCAUUCUGAGUGUAAUCUUGGCCAACAUCCCACAAGUCCUCAUGUCACUCAUCUAUUUCAACUACCACGCCUUUUUCACCUGCAUAUCCCUAGCUGACGAAUGGGACAGGUUCUUCGGCGGAAAAAAGAAAGGCUUCAGAGUGUCAACCUGGCCUCAGGGCCAUCAGCGACAGACGUACUUCCUCCAACUCCCGUACCGUUACUCGUUGGCACUUGCCGCGUUCUCUGGUGGUCUCCACUGGCUUAUUUCGCAGAGUAUAUUUCUCAUCAGGGUAGAGUCUUAUGACGAUGACGAUAAGUUCUCGAAUGAAAACACUUUUUCCGAGUGGUCGCCUGUUGGGAUUAUUCUCGUCAUGGUUGCAGGGGCUGUCCUGAUUGCAUUUCUCGUCACUUCCGGCUAUUUUCGUCUGCGUCACGGCGGAAUUCCCUGUGGUGGGUAG